AGUAAUACUCUGCUAUAGCGGAUGGUUAUCACCACCAACGUGAUCCAUUCCAACUUCAACAUUUUAUAAUUGCUCUUGUAAAUCUGCCAUCAUGAAGCGCAAAUUAGACGAGAAUGAUGCGCCGGUGUCAACCGCCAAUGCUGAAGCACCGAGCACUGGUACGACCGCCACAUUCGCAGACCUCGGCCUCGAUAGCAGACUCCUCCAAGCCACAGCCCGUCAGAACUGGCAUACGCCUACAUUGGUUCAAACCAAGGCCAUACCGCUAGCUAUUGAUGGCUGUGAUGUGCUGGCAAAGGCUAAGACAGGCUCGGGAAAGACCGCCGCCUAUACCCUACCUAUCCUCCAAGCUAUCCUCAAGCGCAAACAGACAUCUUCAGAUUCAUAUACGGCGGCUCUUAUACUGGUCCCGACGAACGAAUUGGUAAAUCAAGUCGCCAAAGUACUCGAAUCUCUCACAUCGUAUUGCUCCAGAGAGAUCAAGGUCUCCAAGCUUUCCGACAAGCUCUCCGAUGCCGCCCAGCGCGCCGUCCUCUCCGAUUCGCCCGAUAUAGUAGUUGCGACACCUGCGAGGGCAUGGCACAACAUAAAAAACUCUGCUCUUUCGGUGGAGAAACUCACACACUUAGUCUUGGACGAAGCGGACCUGGUAUUAUCAUAUGGCUACGACGAAGAUCUACAGAAUGUUGCUUCUUCGCUACCAAAGGGUCUACAAACAACCUUGAUGAGUGCGACUCUCACGCCGGAAGUUGAUACCCUGAAGGGGCUUUUCUGUCGGAAUCCGACAGUUCUAGAUCUGGUAGAGCCGGACGAAGAUGGAGGUGGUGUCUCGCAAUUCGUUGUCAAAUGCGCCGAAGAUGAAAAGUUCCUGCUUAUUUACUGCAUGGUCAAGCUUGAAUUAAUUAAAGGCAAGGCGAUUAUAUUUGUCAGUGAUGUUGACCGAUGUUAUCGACUCAAGUUGUUUUUCGAACAAUUCGGAAUACGGAGUUGUCUAUUGAAUUCCGAGCUACCAGUUAAUUGUCGAAUCCACGCUGUCGAGGAGUUCAACAGGGGAGUUUACAACAUUAUCAUCGCCUCCGAUGAAAAUGAGGUAGUAGGCGAGGAAAAAGACCAGCUUGAGUCUACCGGAGAAGAGGCUCAUGGAGAUGCUACCAAGGAUGCUACCAAGGAGGCGCCAGAAAGCAGCGAACAAAGCAAGGCCGUUGUUUCGAGUUCGAAGAAGCGCAAGUCUUCGCGACGAGAUAAGAAUUAUGGAAUAUCUCGAGGAAUCGAUUUCAAGAAUGUUGCAGUUGUUAUAAAUUUCGACCUUCCUCUGUCGUCGCGCUCUUAUCUGCACAGAAUUGGCCGGACAGCACGCGCGGGACAAACAGGCAUGGCUUUAUCCUUUGUUGUGCCCAAAGACAAAUUCCGAAAGCACAUGCCUACUAGCGUUGAGACGGCGGAAAAUGAUGAGAAGGUGUUGGCCAGAAUUAUCAAGCAGCAGGCCAAGAGAGGUCAAGAAGUCAAACCUUACAAUUUCGACAUGAAGGCCGUGGAGGCAUUCCGCUACCGAAUGAACGAUGCUCUGAGAGCCGUUACAAAAGUUGCUAUUAGAGAAGCACGACUACGUGAGCUUAAGCAAGAACUGCUGAAGAGCGAAAGCUUGAAGCGCCACUUCGAGGAGAAUCCUUUGGAGGUUCGUCAUCUCCGUCAUGAUGUCGAACUUCGAACAACAAGAAGUCAGCCCCAUCUCAAGCACGUACCCGAUUAUCUACUGCCGAAGGACGGUAAGAAGGCGAUUACUCCGAACGAGGUCGGAUUCGUACCAUUCAAGAAGGUCCUCGACGGAAAGGGGAGGAAGAGCCGAAUUUCAAAAGGCAGGGGUAGGAGGGUAACUGGUCGUAGAAGCGACCCCCUGAAGUCGUUUAAGGCGAGAUCUAAAACCAAGUAGCCAGUCUUGCAUCGGAAUACAAGGUAAAUAGGAAUACUUAGUCGGUCUCGUUCCUUCUUACCUAGCUAGAAGCAGUUUCCCAUACUCAUAGAUACCCACAACCCUUAUAAUCUACCUAGCAAUACCGACUA